AUGGGGCGGUGGUGGUGGAAAACGGCGGCGUUUGUCGCAAUAGCCGCCUUGUUAUUAAGAUCUUACGGCGGAGAUCUGAUCGGAGUUGGUUGGGACAGAGAAUCGUUGAUGAAAUGGAUGAGUGAUUUAUCUGAUAAAUUAGGGAUUUGGGCGAUUCCUCUAUACAUCUCAGUUCAUACAAUCUCCAUCGCUCUUUGUUUACCUUCCGCUAUUUUUCUCGAAACCGGUGCUUCUCUUCUCUUCGGAUUCUUACCUUCUGUUCUAUGUGUUUUCUCUGCGAAGAUCCUUGCUGCUUCUCUUUCAUUCUCGAUUGGCAGGUUAAUAUUCAGGAAUUCAAGUUCAGCAAUGGACUGGGCUCAAAGAAACAAAUACUUCAAAAUCCUCUCAAAUGGAGUUGCGCGAGAUGGUUGGAAGUUUGUUCUUCUUGCCCGAUUCUCACCCGUGCCUUCCUAUAUUAUUAACUAUACCUUAGCUGCAACUGAAGUUAGGUUCUUUUUGGAUUUUCUUCUUCCCACUGUUGUCGGAUGCCUCCCCAUGAUCUUGCAGAAUACAUCCAUCGGAAGCCUUGCCGGUGCAGCUGUUGCCACAGCAUCUGGCUCUAAGAAAUCUCAAUUUUGGUCUUACUUCUUCCCCAUAGUUGGUAUUUUAUCUAGUGUACUUAUUUCUUUGAGAAUUAAGAAGUAUUCAUCCCAAAUUUCAGUACCCGAAAUCUCUUCCGACGAAGAUAACACCGUAAAGUCAAAAUAG